AUGCGAAUCGCUCCCGAAUGGGUAGACUAUGAUCACGAGAUUAAAAAGUUAUGGCAACGUAUUAAUCCACCGGUGACCCCGAAAAUUGUGCCUUCCGAGACGACCACCACUACUACUACCCCGGCGACAACGGGCUCAUCUCCACGGAAAGCAUCUCCACUUAUGCCCUCGGCGCCCGAACAGGACGUUUUCAUCGAACUGAAUUAUCCGCUCUCGUCUUCCCAUGCCCCUACCCCCGGUUGUCAUACCACAGAUCCGGGAACGUGUUCUGCGAGCACGUGCACUGCGGACAGCACACAGUCAGCCGGAUUCAAACCACCAGUUCCACAACAGACUCCUGUUUCUAAGUCUGAGAUUAAGUCAGGCUACGUUGGCGAACGAGCACGUGGCGGAACGGGAGCGCGUCUGACUCCAGAUCAGAAGGUUGCGUAUCCGAAUCACGUUGGGCUCAUCCUCGUAUUCCCAGUUGUGUAA